UCCUCAUCAUGGAUCCUGUCUAGCAUAUUGACAGCUUUUUUCUGCACAUUUUGGAAUAGUUGUUACAGUUUUUUUUAUAUAUAUAUUAACUGGUCUUCCAGAAACGCCUUAAAAGUAAGUCGUAAAUCGCAAAUGGAUUAAUGUGGGAAAAACUUUUUUUAAUUGAUUAGGGAACACAAAGACUUCGUAAGAACACACGUUUAGUGACUGAACGUGUGAGUUACAAGUAAAGUCAGUGUUGGUUUUUUCAUAUCUCUGGGGAAGAUAUUUGAGAAGUGUAUACUUUCUGGCGACAUGGACAACCAUUCUUCCGCAAAGGAAAUCCGUUCCGAGUGGGAUUGAUGCAAAGUUAGUCUAAGGUCCUGGAAGUUUCUCACGGGAAUAUGGGAUAUUGUGAAUUUAUGAUUUGUUUGCAGCAAAGCGCAUCUCACAUGGCCUUUAUGAGUUGUAAUGCAUGUCUGCAGCAUAAUAUUCAAUCUGAGACACAGCUACUGAAACUUUUGUGACGACCGGUGGGAAACAGUGGAUACUUGUCUGAAGCAACUCUGCUGGAUCUAUUGAAUUAACAUUGGAAAUUUUCUUUCCAAUGACAUUUCCGACGUUUUCCCAAGUUUGGUUUCUUUUUGCCACAUCUUCUCUUCAUAUUAUCUACAUUUCCCAGUCAAUCACUUAACGGUCUAACGCAGAGAAGUACUUUUUGCAAUACAGGUUGUCUGUGGCUUGUGUUAGGAUGCGGGGAUGCACGGGAUUCCCGGUGGCCGUCGCGGCGGUAUUCACACUUUUGACUAUCAUUAACGUGAAUGCAAGUGGGGAAUAUUGUCACGGUUUCCACGACUCACAGGGUAAAUGGCGAGAUGGCUUCCAGUGUCCUGAGCGCUACGACAGCGCAGGAACGAUCAUCUGCUGCGGGAAAUGCGAACUCCGGUACUGCUGCUCCAGCACAGAAGCACGACUGGACCAGGGAACAUGUGAUAAUGAUAAGCAGACACAAGACACUAACACGGGGGACAAGGAUAACAAAAAAUCAGACGCGGUACCCAUCUAUGUCCCAUUCCUCAUCGUUGGCUCCGUCUUUGUGGCAUUUGUAUUGGUGGGCUCCGUAGUUGCGGUGUGCUGCUGUCGAUGCCUACGGCCCAAACACGAGCCGUCAUCGGGCGGCGGGUCUGGAGGUGGGUCCAGCAGCGCCCGUGUCCUAGAGACCAUCCCCAUGAUGGCCAGUACGGGCACAUCGCGAGGCUCCUCCUCCCGCCAGUCAAGCACCGCUACCUCCUCCAGUUCUUCAGCUCCUCCCAGCGCACCUCGCCCUGCACCCGCCCCUAUGCUACGCGCCCAGGCCUCUUGCUGCUUGCCCCCAGAUGCCAGUGUCUAUGUAAACAUGCCCACCAACUUCUCCGUACUAAACUGCCAACAAGCCACUCAGAUUCUUCCUCACCAGGGGCAGUUUUUGCAUCCACAGUACAUUGGUUUUGCCCACCCCGUUUCUCCUCCCCCUGGUUUCCUGGACCCGUCUCAGGUGGGCUACCGGCAAUUGCAGUCUCCGUACCCCCCACCCACUAGCGUGGCUAGCGUCGCCAGCAUAACUGGCGAUCAGAAGUACCCUCCAGUAACCAUGUGAGUGAGUUAGCGGAGGCUGUGAGUAUUAUGGGAUGCAGAAAUACCAUAAUAGUGGUGGUGAGCAAUCAGUUCAAAUUGGAGUCACAGGAGGAACACAAACAAUGGAUUAGUUCGGAGGAGCAAUGACGGGUCAUGCCUUGUUUGCUAGGCCUUCAGAAAACACUGCCUUCAUACACUUUAUUGUUACACUACUACACAAAUGAGACUCUCAGACUGCUACUUUGUCAAACACAAAGCUGUUUCUGUGACAUAAUGGACACAUUCAACACUUAUAAAGGAUUCAGUGCUGCCAAAAACGUGUAAUGUGCCUUGAAACGUGCUAAUGGUAAUGCACUAUGAAUGUGUGAGCCUGUAAAUGUUCGUGUUGUUGCAAAUGAAGUGUAUGUGUGUAUAUGCAGUGUAUAUUUGUGUUGUGUAACCAUACAUGUGCGUGACUGUAUAGGUGCGAUGCUUUAUGAGAUGCGGUACAUGUGAAUACGUCUGUGUGUGUGCGCGCAGUGUGUAAUGGAAAUCACAGGUGCUUUAAUGGGAAAAGCAGUUCUGGCUCCCCGAUGGAUGCUUGACGUCUAAUGAAGUGAACACAGGCAGAAACACACACACAUGCACAUAUACACACUCGCAUACCGGGGAAUUCAUUUUGUGGAACCAAACUCAUUUUCAAAGCCUUGUAGAGAAAAUACACAAAUAUGAAAGAGCUUUGAAAUAUGGUUUGGAUAGGACUGCGUGUGAAAGUGGAUUAAACUGUGUUGCUUUGUGUAUAGCUGCGAUCAGUGGUUUUCUAAAAGCGGCAGAGUAAAUUACGCACUAAAAAACUGUUUGCCAACUGUUCUCCUUCAAGUCUCUGACUCGUGAAAGAAGUGUGUGUGCGUGUGUGCACGUGCGCCACCUUUCCCAUUUUUAGCAUAAGAUACAUUUAAAGAGUACUAGAAGGUUUCAAAAGGUGACAGAUUAGCACAGUGUUUCUCAAAUCCGGUCCUCUCGACCCCCUCCACCUGAUUCAGCUCAUCAGCUUGGUGUAUUAAUUAAUAGAGGUAAACAGGUUUGUCUGACUUGCAGACCCAUCGGUGUGUGACGGCACAGUCGCGUCAGUAUGUUGAUCGCUCUGCGUGGCGCCGCAUGAAGUCAAGCAAGCCUUUUAUGGAAUAGGGCUGAUUAGUUAAAUUUGGCCUUUUUUAUUUAGAGAGACAACAAAAACAUUCUGGAAGGGGGCUCGCGUGGACUGGAGUUGAGCAACUCUGGGUUGGGAGAAAGGAAAGUUUCUGACUUUUCUUUAACAGAAGUUCAUCAGACCUUUCACCUUUUUCUUAAAGGAUUAGUUCAUUUUCUUAAAAAAAAAUCCAGAUAAUUUACUCACCACCAUGUCAUCCAAAAUGUUGAUGUCUUUCUUUGUUCAGUCGAGAAGAAAUUGUGUUUUUUGAGGAAAACAUUCCAGGAUUUUUCUAAUUUUAAUGGACUUUAAUGGACCCCAACACGUAACAGAUUUAAUGAAUUUUAAACUUGCAGUUUCAAAG